AUGGCGGCUGCUCCUGGGGCGCCCCUUCCUCUCGCUCCGCUCUCGCUCUCGCUCGCCUUCCUUCAGCCUCGCCCGACCCGCCCUGCGUCCGUGGGUCGAUCACCCCGAGCUGCUUCCCGCUCUCCCGCCAACCGCCGCUGUCCCUCGUGCGCCGCCGUAGCCCGGCCCCCUCCCGCCGAGGCCGCGGGCGCCAUCUUGGGUGUGGCCCUGCCCUGCGAGUGGGGCCUGGGACCGUCUAGGGACGGCCACGGUUGCCAUAGCGCCCCGCGAGGCCUGAGCCGCUCCCCGCAGGGUGGCCUUUGCGUGGAUGUUGGCGACACCCAGUCAGGGAACUCGACUGGUUUCCGGCACCCAGGUGGGGCCAGUGCCCCUUUGAUCCCCGGCAGCAUCCUCAGCAUCCUCUUAUACAAGCUCAUUUCUGAGCGCUCCAAGACGCCCUUUGAGCAGCUGUCGCUGAUCUUCGCUGGCGAGAUCCUGAAAGACCAGGAUACAUUGGUGCAGAAUAAGAUUGGCGAUGGGUCCAAAGUCCACCUCUUCAUCAAGUCUCAGAGGAGACCCCCAGAGAAUCCAGGCCCACUGUUGGGGAAUGCGCCACCUGCAAACGUGUUCCUCUCAAGGGAGCUCAAAUCGGAACAAAAUCCAGACCUGUCAGAAUGGAACGGCCGUCCGGAAGAACUGAUAGCCUCCUGCCAUGAGCUCGUUGCCCAGACGGUGGAGAAUCUCUUGCUCCAGAUUGUCACGCUGAACCUGGAUGCCUCCACCUUGAACAACAACCCCCUUCUCUUGGGCUUCCUCAUUGGCGUCACCGGCAUGAACGUCCUGGGCUUGAAUGCCGCAGAUGUCUCCGACUUUGUGAACGAGGCCCAGGACCAGGGUGUGACCCUGCAGGAGCUGAUCAGUGAGGUGAUGCAACACCUUUUCGUACGGAACCUCUUUAGCAACCCUGGUCAGGGCUGGCAGAUGAUCUUGUCCGUCCCUCAGAUGCAGCAGCUGGCCGAGCAAAACCACAUCUUCAACAACUCCAAGUUCCUUCGAGAAAUGAUCAAUGUGGCCACCAGCCCGGCCGUGAUGGACGAGAUCAUCAGGAGCCAUGACCGAGCCCUGAGCAACCUCGAGAGCAUCCCCGGAGGGUACAGCGCAUUGCAACAGCUCUACAAUGACAUUGAAGCCCCCAUGCUGAACGCGGUGCAGGCGCAGUUCCAGGGCAACCCUUUUGCCCCGUCGGAGAGCAAGCCAUCUUCUGGGGCGAUUAGCCCCCUGGCCCAGACGGAGAACCGAGAGCCUCUGACAAACCCUUGGGCUCCCCAGUCCAACAGCAGCGGCGAAAAUUUGUGCAACAGUGACAUCAACGGCACUAGUCACAGCGCCGGGCAGGGCUACAUCCUGCUUGCCUUAGGUCCCGGCAUUAGGCCAGGACUCAGCAAAUCUGAAAGCAUCCAGAACAUGGUUCACCAACUGACAGAGAACCCGGAGUUCAUGCAGAGCAUGUCAGCUGUGCUCUCCAAGCCCGAGGGCCCCACGCAGGCGUUCCUUAGUCACGGCAAUUGCCCUGUGAGUAAUGAUACUCCGCCCCCGCAAGGGUGGCCACAGCAGCUCCCUCCGAAGCUGGCCAAGUCUGAGGCUGCGGCGCUGCUGACCAACCCGAGAGUGGUCCAGGCUCUCCUCCAGCUGCAAAUGAGCCUGCUGGUGCUAACGAGAGAAGCGCCAGAUUUCCUCCAAGCCUUGGCAGACCCAGAUGUUGAACCUGAGAGCAUGGAGGACUCCGACGAGGUAGGGAGCUCGUCCUCGGAAGCAGAGAGCCUCAUCUCAGCCGACGGAAGUCUGGACAUGGGGAGCGAAGGGUCCAAACCGCAUGAAGCGGAAGCAGCAGCAGCAGAAGAAGCGGACAUGGAAGAGCAAGCACCAGUGGUCCUCUACCAACUCCAGCUGGAGCACCUCAGGGCGAUGGGCUUCCAGAACCUGGAACUGAACUUGCAGGCGCUAAUUGAUACAGAAGGGGAUAUUGAGGCCGCAGUUGAAAAGCUAACAAACUCCCGGGCCUCCUAG